AUGGGGUCAACUCAUCCCAUUAUACGGGUUAUUGCUUGGCAUUUCAUGCUAGCAACGCUUUCCUGCUUGUUCCGGUCUAUAACAUCUUCCGAGUUCAUCGUGUAUUAUGCCGGGAAAAAAGGGGAGCGGUACGGGAACGUGUCGCGUGCGUUGCAAGUAAUGAACUUUGGGGAAUGCUCAUCUGAAUGCUCGAAUACCAUACCCGCCCGGUCUUGCCAUGCCUUCAACUUCAAGGAACUGGAUGGCUCCUGCCAGCUAAUUCAAAAUAACCGAAGCGACCUUGUCCCCUCAGACGGAUUCAAUACAUAUGUCCAAUUCCUGUGCCUGACGGGUUACCCGGUGAUCAAGAACGCUGAGGAAACAUUCGUGGGGUGGAGGGGUGAAUAUCCAGUCCCACAGGGCGGCAAGGUCAUCUUCACUUGCAAGCACCCGAGAGGAUUCAGUGACGGUUCCAAGCAGCACAUGACCACCUGUUCCUCCAGGGCACCUGAUGAUUGGUGCUCGACGUUUGUAGAAGAGAGGGCCCCCACAUGUCCACAUCCACGUGAGGUAUAUCCAGAAUGCCGGCUAUCAGAAAUAGGGAAGGAAUAUAUGGGGGGCAUGAAUCAGACAGAGAUGGGGAAAUCUUGCCUAAGAUGGGAUUCUCCUGAAUUGGCUAAAUUGUUUAAUGCCGACUCUCUGGAUGGGUUCAACACAAACCUGUUCUACAAGGAGCACUUCAUAAACCUGGACCCAUUUUCGCAUGACAACUACUGCCGUAAUCCCACAUCGAAGGAGAGGCCCUGGUGCUUCGUGGAUGACGGCCACAUCCAUCCCGAGUACUGCCGGAUUCCCCUCUGCGAAGACUUGAGUAUUCGAGAAUGCAAAGUGACGCCGAAGGGGGGAGAAUACAUGGGAAUGAAGAACGUGACUAUUUCGGGCUUCCCAUGCAAACCGUGGCAAGAUGCGGAGAACAAGGAAGAGGACAGAUUUGCUACUAUCAGCAUCUCAACUUUCCCGGAUGAGCACAAAGUCGAACACAACUACUGCAGGAACCCGAAUGGAAACCCAGGCGGUCCCUGGUGCAACAUCAAGGAUUCUGUUAUUCGAAAAUGCAAAAUGACGCCGAAGGGGGGAGAAUACAUGGGAAGGAAGAACGUGACUAUUUCGGGCUUCCCAUGCAAACCGUGGCAAGAUGCGGAGAACAAAGAAGAGGACAGAUUUGCUACUAUCAGCAUCUCAACUUUCCCGGAUGAGCACAAAGUCGAACACAACUACUGCAGAAACCCGAAUGGAAACCCAGGCGGUCCCUGGUGCAACAUCAAGGAUUCUGGUGGUUUAGACUUACCAUGGGAAUAUUGCGAUGUCCCCUUCUGUGGGCCUGAUGAUCAGGAGGAACCAUGCGAGGCAGGGAGUCAGUGCGAGCCAAGUGAGUCUUAA